AUGACAAUUUCAUAUAAUCAAUUUAAUAAAUCAACAACUACUUCACCUUCAUCAGUUAUAGACAACAAGUCAAUUAUAGAUCAUAAUAGAGUGAAUACCGAAACCCCAGACAACAACCAAUUAAACACACCACCAACAUCCCCCAUAACAGAUCAAUUACCUUCAUUAUACAAAAAAUUCAAUAUAGAAAUUCAAAAAUCAAAUCUUAUGCCACAACCAUCUAAAAUAAAACAUGGUAAACCAUUCACAUGGUUAGAAAUUAAACAAAUAGUAAACCAAAACGCAUUAGAAUUAUUUGCAAGAAAUGAAAAACAAACUGAACAAUAUCAUAUUUUUAAACAAAAUUUAAAAGAUUCAAAUACUAGUAUAAAUGAUCAUAUACUAAAUUGUGAAUUACAUUGGAAAGAGUCAGAUAUAAGAUUUCAAGAAUUUUCCGUACCAAAACAAUACUCUAUAAAACAUCCACAAGAUUUGAUUUUUUUUAAUGAUUCAGAUAUUAAAAUCUUACCAAAUAAAUUUCCCUAUUACUUUGAAAAUGGUAUAAUGCAUUUAUGUAUAUGGUCCAAAUUAAUAAUUCCUAAUGAUCCACAUAGUGAAGUUGGUGAUAUAUCAGAAUUAACUAAAAAAAUAAUAGAUAGAUAUUUGGAAAAGACUUUUAUUGAAAAUGGUGUUAAACCAGAAGAUAUGGUAUGGUUUAAAAAUUGGACCUCAUUGCAAAGUGUUAGAAGUAUAAGUCAUAUUCAUGUUAUACUAAAUAAAAAUGUUGAUCCUGUUUUUAUUAAGAAGUUAUUGGAGACUUGUGGUACAACUUUGACUAUUGAAGAUUAUGAAAAAUUAUUGGGGGCAAACUAA